GGUACUAAUUUGUCGUAGGACGAGUUGGCUUGAUACCUACAAUUAAACUAGUCCCCAACAAGUUGAGUACCAGCUAAAUAAUGGCAUGAGUCGCGGGAACAUCAGCGAACAGAAACUGAGAAAGUGUUGAAAGCGGAUAAUUGGAAAGAAUGAGUUUUCUGGGCGACACAACUGCAAACGCUACUGAUGCAAGCCUAUCCUUUACUGGUGGCAUCAGACCACAGUUGGAAGGUCGGGGUGUUUCGUCCUUACGAAUAGAUGACAGAAGAAGAGCAACAGAUCGAAGAAGUCUCAACAUACAGAAAUCAUUGCAGAUAUUGGAUGAGAGCAUUUCAUCACCAACACAAAAGUUAAGGACAGGUGGACUCCGUCGAGCUUCUUAUGCACCAAAGUCUCUCACAUCCAGCUCCAAGUAUGACACAGCAGUACAGUUUACACCCACCACAAUGCAUCAACUCUCUCAGGGUGAGAGUCAGUUUGGAAGACACUUGGCAAGUUCUACAAUGUAUGGACAGUCCUUGAUCGCAAAUCUGGGAGAAGACGAAACAGAAGAAAUUACCACCACCAAUGUUAAUCUCUUGCUGGAGGAAGACCCCGGAGUAUCAGCGUGUCGAGAGAUGUACAGAGAUUUCCUCCAGUGUAUGAGGACCAAGCCCUCAGAGACACAAGCGUUCGACCUCCUGAAGGAAUACGAGGCUGUGUGUCAGGAGCAGGUCACUCUACUGUAUAAACUGAUCAAAAGGGCAGCCAGUCGCAAUGAACCCAAGUUCCAAAAGAUAUUUAACAUGUUACAUACCUUAGAAAUGGAGAAACAUACAUGGCAGCUGAUAAACGUUCUGUUUCACGAUCGUUUGGAGAAGGAAGUGGAAGAAAUGCAGAUGGCUAUGGAUGAUAUUAACCCUCUGAGUAGUAUGAAGCAGAGUGAACAGCAAGCAGUGACCAAACUGUUUGAAAAGGACAGCACCAUUAGAGAGAGCCAGUUGGUGAUUGAUUGGUUGGAACACUGUGCCUUUGAUGUCAUGGAUAACUAUGGCGAUGAUGUCAAAUUCUUCUCGGACAGAGCUGUAGCAUGGGAGAACACUCUACACAAACUGAGGAAAUCAGGAGGGGCCACGUUUGGAAAUGAGAGACCUCUGGUGACAGAGAUGGAUCCGGACGCUCCGUUCCGACAGAAGAAAAUGUUAGAUGACCUGGACCAGGAGGAUGAGAGCAGACUUCUACAGUAUUUAUUUAUCUGCCUACGUGCUGGACAAAUAGACAAGGCACAGGAAGUUUGUAUUAGCCACGGUCAGGCUUGGAGGGCAGCCACGCUGGAAGGGUGGAAGCUGUAUCAUGACCCAAACUUUGAGGGUCCGAAUGGACAGAUUGACCCAGUGAUUGGGAAUCCCCAUCGUGUGGUGUGGAAAAGCAUGUGCUGGGCCAUGGCGACUGAUCCCAAGUAUGAUAUCUAUGAGAAGAGUAUCUACGGUGCUUUAAGUGGGAACCUGCGUGCUAUGUUGCCUGUGUGUAAGACCUGGGCAGACCAUGUGUGGGCUCACUACAAAGUGUUAGUGGACAUCCGGGCUGAGACCGAGAUCAGGACGAUGUGUGCAGUGGAGACUAGUAUGGACAUUCCAUCAGAGUACUGGGAACAACCGACAGACCCAGAAACCAUUUUCCAUCGUGUGGAAGCUAGAGAGGUUGUCAGAAAGGAAUCUCAAGAUUUUUACCAUGUGAUUCAGAAGUGUGUCAUCCUCGGGGAUGUUGAAAAGCUACUAGAAGUAAUGACGCAGUGGAUUAGAGGACAAGAGAAGACGCUGCCGGAGCAUUUAAUCCGAUUUAUGGCACACAUCGUGCUCUUUAUACGCAGCACUCAGCAACGAUACAAUGAAGACAGCUGUAAUCUGGUGCUGGAGGCCUAUGUGAAGUACCUGAUCAAUGACGAUCACAAGGAACUGGUGUCUCACUAUGUGUCCAAACUCCAUCCCAAGGCUCAGGUCCACUGGUACGCCAAAUUCCUGGAAGGAAUCACUAAUGUGGAUGAGAAACAGAUGUGUCUUCAGUUAGCGGAGGAGGUGAAUCUGGACAUCCCUCUGAUCACGAAGACGGUGGUGGAAAACAUCCGCAACAAAAGUGGAGGGGGACUGCCGGCCACGACUGACGUUAGUCUGGAUGUCACUGUCACAGAGGAGGACAAGAAGAGAAUAGCAGCCAUUGACUGGCUCGUCUUUGACUCGGCCCAGAGGGCGGAGGCCAUUAAGCAGGCCAAUGCUGUGAUGAGGGCUUUUAUAGCUGUUCAGAAGCUUACUGCAGCCAGAGAAGUGUUUGACAAAUUACCCAUGGAUUCUAUAGACAUUAUAUACAGGAACUGGCAUGUACAGACUGGAAAUGAUGACCUGCCAGCAGAUGAUGAUAAUGCCAUCCGAGAAUAUCUGUGUAUAAAGUCCUAUUUGGAUGCCAUGGAUAGUUUCAAUGAUUGGUUUAACAAGUUCCACCACACAAAGCCAGUGAAACCCACGGCGCCGCAUGCAGCCUCGUUCACAGAAAAAGUGGCAUUUGAACACCGACUCAAGCAGUAUGAACAGGAACUGGAUCGCUGGCAGAGGGCGCUUCUAGCUCAGACGGAGAGCACUACAAAACUGAUUUAUAAUGUUCUGUUGUUUGCUAAUGGUGGCUGGAUGGUGGACCAAAAGGAGGAUUUCUCAGACCCCGGGAGGAAACAACAGCUGGAAUCUCUGCGUCAACUCGUUCUGCCCAGGCUGUGUUUCCUUCUGCACGACAUUUUACACCAGACAGAACAAUACGCCGAGUGUUUACAGUUAGCUGAUUGUAUUUCCUCAGAGCAGCACAUGUUGUAUAAGGUUUUCCGACAAGAUGAACUGCGACAGUUACUUCAUCUGAUGAGGGAGUCGUCGGUGGCUGUAUUAAAUCAGAACAAAGAUCCGCUGGGAUACGACAUAGACUGAAGACGAUUUAGUGGGUGAUUGAUAACGAGAACCCAGGAAUAAAGAUCACAGACAGUGUGUGGUCAAAUGACAAUGUGUUCAGUCGAGACUAUUGCUCUCCUGUUGUUGUAGAUAGUAUGUUACCGUGUCAAAUAAAAAUGAAGCAGCUGAAAUAAA